AUGGUAGUGUUUGAAAGGAAAGGGGCCAGCGACUGCCGCAAAACCCAGAAAUUCGCAGAAAGCGUUGCGCCGCCACAUUGCACACAUCAAAAAGCACAACGAUGGAAACAAGAAAAGAGCCGAAAACCGAUAGCGGAGCAGAAGAGGGUUUUAACGGCCCAUUCAAAACCAGAAGGAGAUUCAGAGAGGCGAGCAACCAAUGCCAUGCAGUCAAGCGGUACAGGGCACUGCCCCGCCUCCAGGCCCUUUAGUUCUCUCCCUUGCUUCGCCAAUCCGCUACAAUGUAGCGGAGAUUCGUCGACUCCAGAGUUAGCUGAGCUUCAAGCAGAGGGGGCACGGACGAGGGAAACGUACCGACUCCUUGUCUCCUGGCACCCCGAAUGUCUCCAGACACUCCAGAAAAAAGUCCCCUCUGCAAUCCAAGGGCUUUGCAGCAGGGAGACAGUCCCGAUGCAGCUCUUCGAGAACCCGAACACACAUAGAGAAGGAGGAAGCGAAAGGCACGGAGGGAUCCUUAAAGGAGACAGGGCUUCCUGGGAGAGCAGCGUGCUGCUUCGCGGCGGAGUAUACAUGGAAGACCGCGUGGGAUUUGCUGAACUGGAGCAAGCGGCGGCUCGAGAGGCCUUAGAAGGUCGGUACCUUGCUCUCUGGUUGUUUACUAGGGCCCUGGGACUGCACGCGAAAUUGGGGCUUAGUCUUUCUGGGUGUCUGGGUAACUGCCGAGACAAACUAAGGGAGAAAUUCCAAAGAGCCCCUCCGAUGGUGGCUGCCUACUAUGGAACCCUCAGCACAGAUAUACUGCGCAUCAACAAAUCGGGUGGACAGACACAUGUGAGUAGUGCUGCUGCCCCUUCUUUCCUUCUGGCCACCGUUGCUCUAACUACCAACAGCCAUCUGCGGCCUUCUAAAUUUUUGUCGACUCUAAGGGAAGUAGCCGAAUCUCUAUCUGGGAGCCCAAACGCGGAGACUGGGGCCCUUGGGGUCGUUCUUUCAGAGGCACUGGCGUGCGUCAGCACGGUGUCUCUAGACCGCAAGCUAGAACUACAGAUGUUGCAGCCUCUAAGUGAGGUUCCCGAUGUGGCACACGACCAGCACGCGACGGGGGAUGCCGUGGAAAGAAACAAUGCAAAGGACAGCUCGCAACCUGAGAUCUUCAGGACUCCCUCCGGAUUGCUCGGCGAUCCAUUCCAAAUGCGACAGUGGUAUUUGCACUCCUUCUUUGGGAAUUUCACUGUUGCCGCUGAGAAAGCAUGGCAAAAGCUCGAGGCAAUUGAGAGCUCAGUGAACGCCUCGCCGGUUGUGCUGGCGGUGCUGGAUACGGGGUGCUACCUGCACCAGGACUUCAUUGACGGCUUUGACAUCGCAAACAGCAUUUUCUGGGAUAAUGACGGGGAGACAGACUGCAACGAUGGAGUUGAUAACGAUGGAAACGGCUAUGUAGACGACUGCUUUGGCUGGGUAAGACACGCCACCGGCAGAGGCGUUAAUGUCGUGGAUCGUCUCACGGGCCAGGAUCGCUGAGCAGCCAGAGGCCAAAUAGUUGUGUGGAAGCGCCAGUGCAAUGCUUUGGCAGCGUCGUUCCAUAAUUUCGUAGAGGACAACGGCUACCCUUUUACAGAUGACGCAGGACAUGGCACUUUGGUGACUUCAGUGGCAGCGGCGCGAGCGCAUGAUGGACGUGGGGGGCGGGGGAUCCACCCUCACCCCAAAGUCAUGUGUCUCCGGGUGGGCAGCAAAAAUGGAGUGUGGACAUCCGCCACCAUUCCUGCCUUGGAUUACGCCGUUAAAAUGAAGGCGAACGUUUCCAAUCACUCAUACGGCGGGCCUGGAUUCGUGGCGGCAGAGUAUGAGGCCUUCCACCGAGCUCUGAGAUACGAGCACUUGGCGGUCACUGCUGCGGGCAAUGCUGCCUGCGAUAUCGACGAAAAUGAGAGCUGCUACUUUACGCCGGGAGCCUUCCGCCUUCGCGGCUUGAUCAACGUAAUGGCCAGCGACAUUUCCGGGUUUAGGGCCUCUUUUUCUAACUACGGAAUGAAGGGCGUCGACGUUGCUGCCCCAGGAACCUUGCUUUACGCAGGCACGAACUACAGGGCUAACUCCGGCAGCAGAAAAUGUACUUCUUGUAAGUACACGCGGCACGGCUGCACUUUGAGAGCUGUACAUGGGCUUCAAAGGCAGGGAGGGACCUUACAAGUUGCUGUCGCAUAUGCAUGCAUGCCUUCUGAGAUGCAAAGCAGAGCUCCUGCCCAGGUGUCUCUAGGCUACACGUACUGCGAUGGCACAUCUUUUGCGGCUCCCAUAGUCUCGGGGAUGGCUGCUGCCCUGUGGCACUAUUUCGAGGCUGUGAACCCUCCUGGCUGGCAGCACUCCACAGAGCGUCCUAGCAGAAAAGUAGAAAAGGCCAUCAUGUACUCAGUCACGGGCUCAAAAGCGCUGGCAGGGGCCCUCGGCACGAAUGGCGUUGUGAAUAUGUGGCGUGCCAUGAGUUACUAUGAUAAGAUACCGGGGCCUUUUGUUCCGGAGUACCAGAUGCCUGAGCGUGGCUACGAUCCACUGUACAGCGGGGGGGACGGCGGAGAAGGGCCUUCUUACGGGGAUCGCUCGAUCCCGCUAUUUGUCUCGGUGUGCCUAGGAGCUGCUCUUGUGGUCAGUGCCUAUGCGCUCUGA